AUUCUUCCAGAGUAAUAUAGAGACUGGAUGCCUGUAGCCUGUCAAUCUGAGUGGAGGUUGGCAAGUGAGCAGGGAUGGAUGUGUUUGGUGGAGCGCCACGGUUCCUGGCCUACCCUCGUCCUGUGGUAGUACAAAGUGGCACAGAUGCAGUUCUGAAAUGCCAGAUUGGUGGGGAUCCCAGACCAGCAGUUAUAUGGGAGAGAAACAAUGAGAAAAUUCACCCAGAGGGCAGAUACCGGUUGUUUGAGGAUGGCAAUGUCUACAACCUUAUCAUAACUUCUGUGACAGUGGAGGACAGUGGGCAAUACAUCUGUAAGGCCAAGAACUGCAUUGGAGAGACUUACGCAGCAGCCACUUUGAAAGUACAAGGUGAAGCACAGGAGAUGGAAUUUCGGGAGGAAAACAAGCCACGCUUCCUCAUCAAGCCCCUCUCGACUAGAGUUGGACGAGGAGAGGAUGCCGUGUUUUCUUGUAAGCUGUGGGGAAACCCUAGACCAGAAGUGAUGUGGGAGAAGGAUGGCAAGAAGUUGAAUGAGAUCUUUGAAAGCGCACAUUUCGCCAUCAGCUAUCAGGAUGGAGGUUGGUUCCAACUAAAGAUUUUCAAGACAAGAGCACCAGAUGGAGGGGUGUACACUUGUAAGGCCAGGAAUGAAUUUGGAGAGAGUCUGGCGGGGGCUGUGCUGUUGGUGGAUGCUAGACCAGGACAUGAGGAUGAAGGGAACCGUAACGGAUACACUAACGGCCACUGGAAAGCACAUCAGGGAAAACAGAGAAGUGGAAGGCAGGUUGCGACAAGGCUGAAAGAUGACCCACUGCCAAACUCAGCCAAAGUGAAAAUGUUUGCAGUGACAGAAGGGAAACAUGCAAAGUUUCGGUGCUAUGUAACAGGGAAGCCAAAACCUGAAAUAUUAUGGAGGAAAGAUGGGAGACUUAUCUUAUCUGGGAGACGGUAUCUUUUGUAUGAAGACAGAGAGGGUUACUUCACACUUAAGGUUCUCUACUGCAAACAACAGGACAAUGGAGUUUAUGUCUGUUCUGCUUCAAACACUGCAGGCCAAACCCUGAGUGCGGUACACCUUAUCGUCAAAGAGCCACCUGUCCGAUUUAAGCAACCACUAAAUGACUUGCAAGUAUGGGAGAGAGACUUGGCUGUUCUUGAGUGUGAAGUUCCUGAGGACUCUGUUCUAAUCACAUGGUACUUAGAAGACAGACGACUACAGCCUGGAGCCAAAUAUGGGAUGGAGGAGUGGGGGACAAAGCGGCGACUCACAAUCCGGGAUAUUGGGGUUGAUGACGAUGGGAUAUAUCUCUGUGAAAUGGCUGAUGGGGGCAGAAGCAUUGCUGAGGUAGCGGUCAAAGGAACCAUUGUAAGAAAGCUGCCACGAAAAGUUGAUGUUCUGGAGGGGGAAAAUGCAGCCUUCUGUGUGGAAGUGGAGGAGGAAGAAAUGGACAUUCAUUGGUACAAAGAUGGAACAGAGCUAAGGGAGACCCAUCAGACAAUUCUCAAAUCCUUUGGAAGGACACACAUCUUGGUUUUUGUCAACACCACACCACAAGACUCUGGUUUGGUCAUGUUCUAUGUGGGUAGAUCGAAGACGUCAUCUCAGCUAAGGGUGAAAGCUGCAAGGCACUGUCCACCAAGCUGUCCUAUUGGGGUACAGAUAAACACAGAGAGAGCGAAUGCAGCUCUCCUUUCCUGGUUUCCAGCACAAGACUCUCGAAAGAAUCCACCUUCAGGGUAUAUAAUUGAGAGACAAGAAGUUGGCUCACAGGAGUGGCUGCAAUGUUUAACCACAGACUCUGCAACCUCAGUGGAGAUUCUUGGCGACAGCGUUCCAUGCGAGGCAGACUACAGAUUUCGGAUAUGCAGUGUCAACAAAUAUGGAAGGAGUGGAAAUGUUGAGUUCCCUCGAGCAGCUCACCUUGUUCCAGUUGCCAGAAUCCAAGCACCUCUACAAGAUGCUUUAGUGCCAGAAGGCCAGGAUGCCUGCUUUACCAUUGAGCUCUCUGCCUCAGUUAUAGGCACUUGGUUCUUAAAUGGAAAUCAGCUUCAAGACGAUGAACGUUUCUCCAUAAGGCGUUCGCGUACACACCAGUCCCUACGCAUUCGUGGGGUACGGGACACCGACAACGGAGCAGAGAUCACCUUCAUUGCCUAUGGAAUUCGAGAUUCUGCUGCUUUGUACAUACAAGCUCCACUGGUAAAAUUCACUCCACUUUCUGAAAUGGAUCGAAACAAAUUUGUGGAGGUUGGCAACCCUAUAGUGCUCUACUGUGAGCUGUCAGACCCUGAGGCUCCAGUUCGUUGGUAUAAGAAUGGUGUUGAACUUCAAGCAAUGGAAGGUCUGCACAUCCAAUCAGAAGGAACAAUGAGGAGGAUUGUCAUCCAAUCAGCUGAUUUCUCCCACUCAGGAGUUUAUAGUUGCGACGCUAUUGAUGAUGUCAUCAGGUUUAACGUGGAGGUUGAGGCCCCACCAGUGAGGUUCUCAGUCCUUCCGGAGGAUGAGAGGAACAAGUUCAUUGAAGCAGGCUCGCCGAUAGCACUGCAAUGUGAGCUCUCAGAUCCACUCGCCCAGGUCUCCUGGUAUAAAGAUGGUGUGAAACUUCUACCACAAAAUGGACUAGACUUCAAAUCCAAAGGCACAGAGAGGCAAAUGAUUGUCCAGACAGCUGAAUUUUACCAUUCAGGGCUGUACAGCUGCAAGACAAGGGGUGAUGCUGUCCACUUCAAUGUGGAUGUUAAAGCUGCACCAGUGAGGUUCUCAGCUGUGCCUGAAGCUGAGAAGAAUAAAUGCAUUGAAGCUGGUGGACACUUUGAACUCCACUGUAAGGUCUCAGACCCUACAGCCCAAGUCAGCUGGUUCCACAACAAUACACAGCUUCAGCUAGAGACUGGUUUGGACAUUCAGUCAGAGGGAGAUGUAAGGACUCUGGUAGUCAAUCCAGCUGAGCCCAGUCAUUCUGGAUUGUACCGCUGUGAAUCAUCUGACGACUCUGUCCAGUUCACUGUGGAUAUCAAAGACCCACCGGUGAUGUUCUCAGCAUUACCAGACACUGUGAAGAACAAGCUGGUUGAAGCAGACUACUCCACUGAUUUGCAAGGUGAGAUCUCAGAUCCAAAUGCCAAUGUAUGUUGCUACAAGGAUGGUGUAGAGCUCGUCUCAAAAAGUCAGCCUCAUAUCAAAUCGGACAGUACCAGGAGGACGUUAGCUGUCAAGACAGCACAGCGCUCUAACUCUGGAUGGUACGACUGUGUGAGAACGGGUGAUGUCAUCCAGUUUAAUGUACAAGACCAAGUGCCACCACCAACAUUUCUGGCUGAUCCUGAAGAUGAGAAGACCAAAUGCACUGAAGAAAUGGAACCUGUUGCACUGCAUUAUGAAAUUUCAGAAUCUACUCCAUAUGUCAGCGGGACAAAAGAUGAGAAGGUCAUGCUUUCUCAAUCUGAGCCUGAACCUGAAUUUCAACUUGAAUUGGAACUUGAAUUCAAACCUGAACCUGAAGUUCAUGCAGACGCAUCCAGAGGAACUGUAAUCAUCCAUGCACCUGAGACAUCUCUUUUUGAAGUAAACAGCCAAAAGACACCAGAUGAUCCCAUCCCGUUUGAAAUGGACCAAGAACCUGGUCAUAAAGCAGAAUUAUUUACACUACCACCGGAAGAUGAAGCUGUCAGACCCAUUGAAGGUGAUUCUCCGGUUCACUGUUACAAGGAUGGAAUACAGUUCUACUCUGAAAAUGGAUAUAUACUUGAAUCAGAGGAAAGUGUGCGAAGACUGAAUGUUCCAGCCAUAGGCUCGGGUCAAUCAGGCGUAUACCACUACAAGGCAAAGGAUGAUGACAUAAUAUUUAAGGUGGAUGUCAAAGCUACAUCUUUGCAAACAUCAACUAUCCACGAGACUGACGGGAGAGAGUCAAAAGAUGAAACAGAAACUGCUCAUUUUCCACAACCUGAGCUAUCGAGCACAAUGGCAGAGGUGUGCUGGUACAAGGAAGAUGAGGAACUCCAAGAAUGUGACGUUAGCACCCAAUCUAAGGAGACUUUCAGAGCUCUUGUUGUCAAAACAGCUGAGCCGUCUCACUCUGGAGAACAUGCUUAUGAGACAGAUGAUGUCAUCGUCCAGUUUGCAGUGGACCUACCAGCUCCACCAGUGACGUUCUCCAGUGUCCCUGAGGCUCAACGGACCACAUGCAUUGAGUCAGGAAGACCCUUUAAACUACAAUGCGAAGUCUCAGACCCUGAUGCACAAGUAUGGUGGUACAAAGAUGGGAAUAAGGUGCUUCCUCAAGAUGGUAUUGUUACUAUGUAUGAGGAAGCAAUGAGAACACUCUCUGUGCAAAGUGCUGAAUUAUGUCACAGUGGAACAUACAGCUGCCAGACAAACAAUGACGCCAUCUCAUUCCAUGUGGAAAUCAAAGAAGUGGAGAAGAACAAGUCCCCUGAGGUACACUCACCAAAUGUUCUGAAAUGUGAUAUAACAGACUCUACCACUGAGAUGCUCUGGUGCAAAGAUGAUAUAGAUCUGGCCCCAAAACCUGGGCUCAAUUUCCAAAAAGAUGGAAAUAUGAGGAAACUAACUGUCCAAUCAGCAGAACUGUCUGAUAUUGGAAACAACACCUGUCAUGCUCCAGGUGAUACCGUAUCAUUCAAGGUGGAUGUUCAAGCUCACCCUGUUAGGUUCUCAGCACUCCCAGAAAUUGCAAGGAACAAGUUUAUCGAAGCAGGCUGUCCCAUUAUACUUCAGUGUGAAAUCUCAGACCCUACUGCCCAAGUUUCCUGGCUCAAAGAUGGAGUCGAACUCCAAGACAGUGGACUUGACAUCCAGUCAGAGGGCACUAUGAGGAAAAUGAUCAUCCAAUCAGCUGAGCUCAAACACUCAGGCGUGUACAGCUGUGAGGCUGUGGAUGAUCGCAUAGCAUUCAAGGUGGAUGUUGCAGCACCUCCUGUGACAUUUGCCUACAUACCAGAAGCUGAUCUGCACAGAAAUAUUGUGGAACAAGACAAUCUACUCCUUUGCUGUCAAGUGCCCAGGUCAGAUGCUACUGCACAAUGGUACAAGGACGGAGUAGAACUAAAGCCUUGUGACAACGUCCUCAUAGAGGCAGAAAACACUAUACGAAGACUGAUCAUCCUUUCAGCUCAACUCUCAGAUUCUGGGACAUAUACCUGUCGUGCUGGAGAUAGUGCAUUAAUAUUUAAAGUUAACGUAAGAGAACCUCCAGUGAUGAUUGUAUAUCCCAAGGAAGAUGUCCACCUUGAUCGCUACGUUCCUGAAGAAAUUGUUCUUAGCUGUGAACUUUCACGGCCAAAUGGAAAGGUGACAUGGUUCAAGGAUGGACAGAAACUACAGGAGAGUGAAAACAUAAAGCUAAAGACAGAGGGUCCAUAUAGACGGCUAAAAAUUCUGCGCAGUGGUGUUGAGGACUCUGGCGAAUAUGUCUGUGACACAGCUGAUGAUUCAAUAUUCUUCAAUCUAAACAUAAAAGAACCACCAGUGCGCAUAGUUUCUCCAAGCCAGUCCCAAAUGGAACUUUGCCAACAGACUUCUGAAAGGAUGGUCCUGAGCUGUGAAAUCUCUAGACCAAACGCCACUGUACGUUGGUAUCGAGAUGGACUUGAAGUGGAGGAGAGUGACAGCCUAAUUCUGGAGGUUGAUGGUGUCUAUAGGAGACUUAUUAUCCCAAAACCUACCGUCAAAGACUCUGCAGAAUAUGUCUGUGACACCGCUGAUGACUCAGUGACCUUCUUUGUAAACAUUGCAGAGCCACCAGUUAGAUUUAUUCGACCAAGGAAAAUGGCCUAUGGAGUAGAGAAACUUGUGGGAGAUACUGUGGUUCUGGAGUGUGAAGUGUCUCGACCAAAUGCUGAAGUUAGCUGGAAGAAGGAUGGAGUAGAGAUCGAGGAGAACAGCAACAUAACUAUCACAGAGGAUGGCACAAGUCAACAGUUGACCAUUCACUCUGCAGCUUUUGAAGAUGCAGGGCAAUAUGUCUGUGAUGCUAGAGAUGAUGUGAUGGAUUUCCUAGUGAAAAUCAAAGAUCCACCACUAAAGAUUCUGCGGAAAUCUGACAUAGAAACAAAGUGCCGAUUUGUAGCAUCUGACGCUAUUGUGUUAAAAUGUGAGCUCUCAAGAGCAAAUGGAGUGGUCGGUUGGCUUAAAGACAAUGAGAAGAUUGAGGGAAAUGAGCAUUUAAUCUGUGAAGAGGAAGGGACAUUCAGAUCUCUGAAUGUCCUCAGUGCUGAGUUGAAGGACUCAGGGGAAUACAUCUGUGAUGCACAAGAUGAUAAAGUUGUCUUCAGUGUUACUGUAGAAGAGGCUCCAGUGUCAAUUGUUGGAAAUUUAGAGAAGCCAGAACACCACAUUUUAAUGACAGGAGAUGAGCUUAUCCUGGAAUGUGGGGUAUCUCGAGUAAAUGCUAUAGUCCAGUGGUACUACAAUGGAUGUUUACUACAAGAGGAUUCAUGCACACACAUUGAAAGCAGAGAAACAAUGAGGAAGCUUGUGCUAUCAGGACUUCAGACAUCUGACUCUGGAGAGUAUCUCUGUGAUGCCAUUGAUGACAAAAUGAUAGCUAGGCUAACAGUUCAAGAACCACCAUUCAAAUUCAUAAAAAAAAAUGAAAGAACAAAUAUUUCAGCCUAUGAAGAAGACAGUGUGACAUUACAUGCCACUGUUAAUAGAGUCAAUGCCCCAGUGAAAUGGCAGAGAGGCCAUGAUCCAAUCAGAGGAGAUCGUUUCCACACAACAAGUGAUGGUAACAACCACUACCUCACUAUUAACCCACUUAAGAGGUGUGAUACUGGAGAGUAUACGUGUCACGUGGAAUCUGACGAGAUGCAUGUCAGUGUCCAUGUUAAAGCAAUGAAGGUGAAAUUCUCCAAACCACUAGAAAAUGUAGUGGGACUGAAAGGUAGCGAUGUGGUUUUAAAAUGUGAACUGUACAAGUCAAAGGGAGAUGUUCAGUGGCUUAAAGGCAGCCAAGAGAUUGCACCAAACAGACAUUUUACAAUCAGAGCUGAGGGUCGAGUGAGAAGCCUGACAAUACAUGAUGUCACAGAAGAUGAUGCAGGAGAGUAUGCUUGUGAAUCUAAAGAUGAAAGGACAUCAGCUACUGUAGUGGUCAACAUUCCUCGCAUUGUGGAGUUUAUCGCAGAGCUACACAACAUAACUGUCAUGGAAGGAGAAGACACAACAUUUAAGUGUGUGGUAUCUCCAGAGGAUGCAAAGUUGGCCUGGUUUAGGAAUGGCCAGCCAAUUUCAUCAAAUGAGAAGUUCAACAUCUCAAGUAAUGGAUUAUGCCAUAUGCUGCAUAUCACCAACUGCCAAGUCUCAGAUAGCUGCAAGUUGACAGCCGAGGCUGAAGGUGUGAUUUCCAGAGCUAUCCUUCAGGUCCAAGAGGCACAGGUGCUUUUCACGAAGAGCAUGGGCCCGGUAGUUGCAGAGGAGUUUGGUGAAGCAACGCUUGAGGUGGAGGUCAGCCAUGAAACUGCAGAGGUGCGGUGGAUGAGACAAGGAGUGGUAAUACAUCCAGGGUCCAAAUUCACCCUGAAGCAGAAUGGCAAAAAACGUUCUCUCACAAUCCACAAACUCACCCUUUCAGACCGGGGCACCUACAGCUGUGAAACACUUCAUGACCGUACACAAGCCAAGCUCACUGUGGAACCACGAAAAAUCAAGAUUCGGAAAGGUCUAACUGAGAUCCAGACUUAUGAACGAGAGACGGCUUCGUUUGAGGUGGAGCUGUCACAUAGCAAUGUGGAGGGUGUAUGGCAGAAGGAUGGGCACAUUCUCAAAAACAACAACCGUUUGCGCAUGACUGCAAAAAGACGAGUACACAGCCUAACCAUCUCCAACCUGACCUUGGAUGACACUGGAACCUACAUAUUCUCUGUUGACAACAUCAGAUCAAUAGCAAGAUUGGAAGUUAAAGAAAUUCCUGUAUCAGUUUUGAAAAAGCUUGAGGAUAUCAGGCAACCAGAAGGAUCUGGUGUAACCCUUGAAUGUGAGCUCUCACGGCACAACGUGGACAUAAAGUGGACAAAGAAUGAUGUUCAGCUUCAACCAGGAAAAAAUCAUCGUAUUUACUCCAUGGGAAGAAAGUGCUUUCUACAGAUACUGAAGUGUGAGCUGGGAGACUCUGGUUUAUAUAUGUGUGAUGCUGGGGAUGCCACAACAUCCUGUACAGUGGAUAUCUAUGAAAAGAAGCUUGAGAUACUACAAAGCUUAGAGGAUCUGGAUAUUCAAGAAGGUCAGAAUGCAGUGUUCAUGUGUGAAGUGUCCCUAGAUGAUGUGCCCGGAGAGUGGUUUAAGAAUGGCGAGAAGAUAAAACCAACCAGCACCAUUAAGAUCCGUCAGGAAGGGACAAAGCACUUCCUCCUCAUAUGCAAUGUUAAAGAAGACGAUUCUGGAGAGAUCAAGUUUGUUGCCAAGAAUCUUGAGACUACAGCUUGCCUUGAGGUGGAAGCACUACCAGCAAACAUUGUGAAACCACUUCAGGAUAAAACUGCUCUGGAAAAAACCCGUGUCAUACUGGACUGCACUGUGACCAAUCCCCGUUGUAGCAUUCGCUGGUAUAAGGGCCCAAAUGUCAUCCUGCCCUCAGAACGCUUUGAGAUCUGCAGUGAAGGGUGUUACCGAAAACUUGUGAUUCAGCAGGUGUUGCUAGAGGAUGAGGGCACCUACAGUGUUCAAGUUGGAAACUACACAUCUUCAGCAAAACUAACUCUCGAAGCUCAGUCAGUCCUGAUGGUGCGAGAAAUGCAGGAUGUGGAUGUAACAGCUCCUGCAGAUGCAUGCUUUGAAUGUGAAGUCUCUUUGCCUGUGGCCAAGGCACCUACCUGGACCCUGAAUGGGGAGACGCUGCAUCCUGGUCCUAAAGUUGUGGUAGAGAAAAUGGGAACCGUUCAUAGGCUCACUCUCAAACAAACAUCUGAAGACAUGAGCGGCACCGUGUGCUUUAUCACUGGGAGAGCCAAAAGCACUGCACAUCUGCAGGUCAUAGGUAACCACUGAGAAACAACACAUAAGCACUUACAGUGCAUAAUACUCAACAACGCCACUAUUUAAAUA